UCAUGCUGCUGCCAGGUCCAGAGUGUGUCAUGGGUCUCUGUACGGCCUCCCAUUGCUGCUGUCUCCAUCGCCACACUCUGCCAUGUGCCACUUUCAGGUCUCCUCACACUGCUGGUGGGUUCCAUUUUGUCAUAGGGUGCUGGCAGAUUACGGGCCUCCCAUUGCUGCUGCCAGGCCCGUAAUCUGUCAUGGGCCCCUGUACCGCCUCCUCAUGCUGCUGCCAGGUCCAGAGUGUGUCAUGGGUCCCUGUACGGCCUCCCAUUGCUGCUGUCUCCAUCGCCACACUCUGCCAUGUGCCACUUUCAGGUCUCCUCACACUGCUGGUGGGUUCCAUUUUGUC